UAUUUAACCUGAACUCGUGCAAAACGCGCGCUCCGGAGCUUCAAUAUUUUAAUCUCCUACUAUAUAUAAACAGAACAAACCAUAGCCAAAUUCUAUAGUAAAAUUACCAACAUUGCAACAACAAUGAGCAAGGAGAACCGCGAACUCCAUGUUCUUUUCUUCCCGUUCUUUGCUAACGGUCACAUAAUCCCAUGCGUUGACUUAGCCAGAGUCUUCGCCGCAAGAGGAGUGACAUCUACCAUAGUCACCACCACACACAACGCACCCUUCGUCUCAAGAACCAUCGGAAAAUCCCAAAUUACCCUCAGAACCAUCAAGUUCCCGCCACCGGAGGAAACUGGCUUGCCUGAAGGAUGCGAGAAUUCAGAAUCGGCACUGGCACCGGAUAAGCUCAUCAAGUUCAUGAAAGCCACCGUGCUCCUUCAACAUCCAUUCGAGCAAGUGCUGCAAGAACUGCAUCCAAACUGUGUUGUUGCAGACAUGUUCUUCCCUUGGACCACAGACUCCGCCGCCAAAUUCGGGAUUCCAAGGAUCGUGUUCCAUGGGUUGGGCUUCUUCCCCUUGUGCGUUUCCGCUUGCAUCAGAACUUACAAGCCACAAGACAAGGUUUCAUCCUACACAGAACCUUUCUUGGUUCCCAACCUUCCCGGCGACAUAACUCUGACCAAGAUGCAGUUGCCACAAGUCCCUCGAGAUGACGAGGUAUUCUGCAAGUUGCUUGAUGAUUCUAACGAAUCGGAGUUGAAGAGCUUCGGUGUGAUCGCCAACAGCUUCUACGAACUGGAACCAGUUUACGCCGAUCAUUACACCAAGGUGCUUGGUAGAAGAGCAUGGUCGUUGGGUCCAGUUUCUCUAUGCAAGAGGGAGACAGAGGAAAAAGCAAGCAGAGGAAACGAAGCAGGGAUCGACAAGCAGGAAUGCUUGAAGUGGCUUGAGACAAAGAAACCAAACUCCGUUAUUUAUGUGUGCUUUGGAAGCAUGACAACGUUCCCAGACGCUCAGCUUAAAGAGAUUGCUAUGGGUCUAGAAGCUUCGAAUCAUCCAUUCAUCUGGGUAGUGAGUAAAGGAUCAAAAAAGAACCAAGAAGAAGAUGAGAAGUUAGAGUGGCUCCCAGAAGGGUUUGAAGAGAGAAUGGAAGGGAAGGGGAUGAUCAUAAGAGGUUGGGCGCCGCAACUGAUGAUUCUUGAGCACGAAGCAGUUGGCGGGUUUGUUACGCAUUGCGGUUGGAAUUCGACGCUGGAAGGUGUUUGUGCCGGGGUGCCGAUGGUGACGUGGCCGAUGUAUGCAGAGCAGUUUUAUAAUGCGAUGUUUCUGAGGGACAUAGCGAGGAUUGGGGUUGGUGUUGGGGUUCAAACGUGGGUGGGGAUGAUGUGGGGCGAGCCGGUGAAGAAGGAGGUGAUAGAGAAGGCGGUGAAGAGGGUAAUGGAAGGUGAGGAAACAGAGGAGAUGAGGAGAAGGGCGAAGGAGCUUGGGAAGAAGGCUAAAGAGGCUGUGGAGGAAGGUGGAUCGUCUUAUUCGCAAUUCAACUCUUUGAUUGAGGAUUUAAGAUCGCGUGCUCAAUGAGGUAGUCAAAUAUCUGCAAUCAUGCAUUCAUUAGGUCAUUUGAGAGAUGCAAUUGGAAUAUCCCUGUGGCCUUAAGUCUAUCAUACAUGCUUGUAUUGUAUGUAUUCACCAUUUUGAAAUAAUAAUAAUUUUUCUUUUGGCCUUUUUCAUAUA